AUGAUCCACCAAGAUGUAGAAACUCCACAGCAAGAGGUCACAUCAGGAGGUCACAGCAGGAGGUUACAGCAGGAGGUUACAGCAGGAGGUCACAGCAGGAGGUUACAGCAGGAGGUCAGAGCAGGAGGUUACAGCAGGAGGUCACAGCAAGAGGUCACAGCAGGGGGUCACAGCAAGAGGUCACAGCAGGAGGUCACAGCAGGAGGUCACAGCAGGAUGUUAGAGCAGGAGGUCACAGCAGGAGGUUACAGCAGGAGGUCACAGCAGGAGGUCACAGCAGGAGGUCACAGCAGGAGGUCACAGCAGGAGGUCACAGCAGGAGAUUACAGCAGGAGAUUACAGCAGGAGGUUAGAGCAGGAGGUCACAGCAGGAGGUCACAGCAGGAGGUUAGAGCAGGAGGUCACAGCAGGAGGUUAGAGCAGGAGGUCACAGCAGGAGGUUAG